CGUUUAACUUACGGCGCGAUGGCGGAGCGAGAGACGGAGCUUCUGUUUUGGUGUUUCGGAUUAAAUGGUUUCCUUGUUAACAGGUGACAGGAUUAUGGGCGUCUGGAAGCAAAACCGAACAGGGCGGACUAGAAAAAGCAAAUAGGGGCGCUAAAAGAAGCCGGUCACCAGUCAACAAGGAGUCCACUCAAUCCGAAACACCAGUACGGACCCGCUGUGCAGCCGCAAUGUUUCUGGAGCGGUUUGACGGGCAGUCGAGGCUGCUGGUCCGCUCUCUUAUGUCCGGACCCUCCGGGGCCUUGUGUGAAGUCCCCCCCGGGGUCCACAGGGCUCUCGCCGUCCUCCGCCGGCAGCAGCAGGCCGACCCGGACUGCUCCUCCCCGGCUGACAUGCUGGAAACUCUGUGCCGGGAGGAGAUAGCCGGAGAGGAGGCUCCUGCUGCUGCUGCGCACACACUCACCCUGAGACCGCUGGUGUGUCUGUUUCCAUCGUUAUUCAAGCAAAACCUGCUGUCUUUCAUCUACCUGGUGCACCGGACUCUCCCUCGCACCGGGGUUGUGUGCCUGCUGCAGUGCCUGAGCCGCGACCCUCGCCCAAACCCCUGGGUCAGCGCUCUGAGCAGGCAGCUGGAGAGAAGCCUGGAGGCCCGUCAGACCGAGCCGCUGUGCAGCGCGGCCUGCAGCCGUAGGCUGACGGAGCUGUCCCAGCGUCGGCUUGGAUCAGAUGAGGCUGGAGGCUGGGCCAGGUGCUUCAGUGGUGAGGCAGCAGAGUCUGAACCUGAACCUGAACCUGCUGCCCUCUCACCUGAUCCUGAGGCCCUCUCACCUGAGCCAGCCCCACUGAGGAAAAGAAAAAGCACUUUUACGAGUCUGGACUCAGACGGUGACGAUGUGGGACAGCAGAGGAAGCGGGUGAAGACAGACGUGUGUGAGGAUGAGUCCGACCAUGAAGAUAAUCCCAUCACAGACACGGUGACACCACGAGUGUCAGAAGUCGAUGCAUCAGCAGAAAAUCCAGCAGCAGAUGGUUCAAAUGAGGCUCUGCCUGAACAUAUAAAGACUUCAGCUCUUCAGAUCAAAGAAUUGCUGGGAUGCCAGACAGAGUGGGAUCAGAGCUCUAUGGGAGUGUUCAGGGUGCUGAACGACUGUGACCCACAACAAGUGGAGGCCAUCUGUAAGCUGCUGAAUUUGUCAGACCUGCCAGAACAGACUCUCCCUAAAGUGUGCAGCAGCGUUUUAUCUCUCUCUCCUGACCUGAGCUACAGCACUGCAGCAACACUCAUCAAGAACCUCCUGCUGGACAAGGUCCUGUCGCUGUCCGAGGCGGCCUCCAGAUGUCUGGUGACCGCCGUCACGUCGCUGUGCGCUCGCUAUCCCAGACCCAUGAGCCACGCUCUGAUCGGGCCGGUGCUGCAGGAGGAGAAUGUCGGAGCGCCGCAGGCAGAGCUGUUGAACAGGCUGAUCGAAAGCUGCCUGGAUUCACACUACAGACUGCUGGUGUUUCAGACGACGUUUAAAGUUCCCUGGAGCGAGGCGGCGCUCUCCGUUAUCCACAGUUUGCUGGACUUGAAGCCCGACUUGAAUGAGGAAGUCUUCACGCAGUUCGCCGAGCAGCUCGUCAGACAGAGCUCACAGUUCACCAAGUCUGUGAAGUUCGCAAAGAUGAUGCUGACUGUGCUCACCAAGUACAGCGGACACGUUACACCUGAACACAAACACGCCCUGUCUGCGUGUCUGGCAUCAAACCAGACUUUCCUGAAGAAAUCUCUCCAAGCUGCUUUGAAACGUAUCACAUGACCUGAUAGAACCUUCUUGAAUUUCCAACAUGAAAUGCUUCGUAAGCCACAGAUUUGACAGUGAGAGAUGCUCCUUCUCUCUAUGUAUUGAUGAAAUGCUUUCAGUUCCUCCUGCGUUCAAAAGGAAGUUCAUGCUGC